AAGUCGGUGGCGCCCGGGGGGGGGUGUUAAAACUCCUUGUUAACUGUUUACUUGGAGGCUCAGUUUGGUCAGCAUUUUUCCUCCUUUAAAACACAAGCGAGAGCAUCGCCUCGUGAGCCCCUGGGACUCACGUGUCCCCUAAGAAGGGUGGAGGGCACGCUUUUUAGGACUGCUAAAAUGCUACGUGCAGCUUGUUUAGGAAUCACAUAGAUGUAUACAAAAUGAGCAAUCUGGAAGACGCUGAACUACAACUUUCAGAAUUAGAUUUGCUUUCUAGUAUGUUUCCUAAUGAAGAUGAAUUUAAGCUGAUUGACCAAAUAGCUUUGUCAGAAUUGAAAGAUUAUGUAGAAAGAAAAACUUCAGAAAAGCCGUCUUCAAAAAUACAGUUCGUGCUGAAUGUAGAAUUAGAAACUCCUGAUGGGAAUGAGGUUAUACUUCCUUUGUUUUGUGCAUUUCCAUUAAAGUAUCCAGGUGUUCUUCCAGACAUCACUAUCAGAUCUCCAUUCAUAAGUCGUUCACAACAGGUUCUACUGAAUGCAGAACUCAUAAAAUACUUGGAGAAACAUUGUGCUGGCGAAGUCUGCAUAUUAAGUGCAAGAGAAUGGAUUAAAGAUCACGCUGCUGCCUAUAUCAGCAAGGAACACCAGUCUUCUAUUGUUCAGCAAUCAAAUCUUCAGAAAUCAGAGAAUGUUUUCACUAGACUGUGGAUUUACAGUCAUCACAUUUAUAACAAGCAAAAAAGAAAGAAUAUCAUUGACUGGUCUAAGGAACUCUCACUGUCUGGAUUCAGUAUGCCUGGGAAACCAGGUAUAAUUUGUGUAGAGGGCCCACAGAGCAAGUGUGAAGAAUUUUGGUCAAGGAUCAGAAGAUUGUCAUGGCAGCGAAUUUUAAUCCGCCACCGAGAAGAUAUAUCCUUAGAAGGAGCUGAAGAUAAAAUGGAGGAUCAAAAGAAGUUUUCAACUUUUGAGGAAAAAAUAUUUGAUGCACAUGGUUCCAGAGGAAAUCACAUGGAUUUGGGACAGUUAUAUCAUUUUUUACUUGAUAGGGGAUGUGCUGAUAUAUUUCAACUGUACUUUGGAGUUGAAGGACAGUGAAUCAUAUUUUGUCAAACCUUGCCCCACCAAGAAAAACAAUAGAUUGUCAAAGACUUUGCUCCUUUAUACCUGAUAUGUCAUGUAUACAGAAACAACUUUAAGAGGAUAUUUUAAUGUUUAUUAAAAAGAUUAGAAAUAA